GAUUCAUUUUUUAGGGUUUCUUUGAUUCUUUGAUUUUUAGAACGAUGCAGAUCUUUGUGAAGACUCUCACCGGCAAGACGAUCACGCUCGAGGUCGAGAGCUCCGACACGAUCGAUAAUGUUAAGUCGAAGAUCCAGGAUAAGGAGGGAAUUCCUCCGGACCAGCAGCGAUUGAUCUUUGCCGGCAAGCAGCUCGAGGAGGGGCGCACGCUCGCGGAUUACAACAUCCAGAAGGAGUCGACCUUGCAUCUGGUGCUGCGCCUUCGAGGAGGUAUGCAAAUUUUCGUCAAGACCCUAACGGGGAAGACGAUUACGCUCGAGGUGGAGAGCUCCGACACGAUCGACAACGUUAAGACCAAGAUCCAGGACAAGGAAGGCAUCCCUCCGGACCAGCAGCGAUUGAUCUUUGCCGGCAAGCAGCUAGAAGAUGGCCGGACUCUUGCCGACUACAACAUCCAAAAGGAAUCCACGCUCCAUUUGGUCCUUCGUCUUCGCGGGGGUAUGCAAAUCUUCGUCAAGACCUUGACGGGGAAGACGAUCACGCUCGAGGUGGAGAGCUCCGACACAAUUGACAACGUUAAGACGAAGAUCCAGGACAAGGAAGGCAUCCCUCCGGACCAGCAGCGAUUGAUCUUUGCCGGCAAGCAGCUGGAAGAUGGCCGGACUCUGGCCGACUACAACAUCCAAAAGGAAUCCACGCUCCAUUUGGUCCUUCGUCUUCGCGGGGGUAUGCAAAUCUUCGUCAAGACCUUGACGGGGAAGACGAUCACGCUCGAGGUGGAGAGCUCCGACACAAUUGACAACGUGAAGACCAAGAUCCAGGACAAGGAAGGUAUCCCCCCGGACCAGCAGCGUUUGAUCUUUGCGGGCAAGCAGCUAGAAGAUGGCCGGACUCUGGCCGACUACAACAUCCAGAAGGAGUCGACGCUCCAUUUGGUCCUUCGCCUUCGUGGAGGUAUGCAAAUUUUCGUCAAGACCCUCACAGGGAAGACGAUCACCUUGGAGGUGGAGAGCUCGGACACGAUCGACAACGUGAAGACCAAGAUCCAGGACAAGGAAGGCAUCCCCCCGGACCAGCAGCGAUUGAUCUUCGCAGGCAAGCAGCUUGAGGACGGCCGCACUCUUGCGGACUACAACAUCCAGAAGGAGUCUACGCUUCAUCUGGUUUUGCGUCUCCGUGGUGGCAUGCAAAUCUUCGUGAAGACUCUCACUGGCAAGACGAUCACCUUGGAGGUGGAGAGCUCCGACACGAUUGACAACGUUAAGACCAAGAUCCAGGACAAGGAGGGCAUUCCACCGGACCAGCAGAGGCUCAUCUUCGCUGGCAAGCAGCUCGAGGAUGGCCGGACUCUUGCUGAUUACAACAUCCAGAAGGAGUCGACGCUCCAUUUGGUUCUGCGUCUUCGUGGAGGGCAGUGAAAAGUUUGCUUGUAUUCACAAUUCCUUGACUGAUUUGAGCAAGGAAGUAGAAUAAACUAGAUUUCUUCUACACGAAUUCUUGAAUGGAAGGACAAGCUUGAUUUUA